CGACAGUAAAAUUCUUAUGAGAACUGAGCUGUCAUAUUGUGUAAAGGGGAUUUUUCCUGUGGUGGACAAUGACGAUGGCAAUUGGGCUACGGACUGUGAAAUAUUAACCUUAAUGCUGACACAUUUUAGAACAGUUUUUGGGUUUUGUCUAAGUCUCCGCCCUUUAAUUGUCAGGCACCAAAACGACCGACGGGGAUCAAAUAGAGGAAAAGUAUUUCAACUUUUUAAGCCAGGUUUGUGAUGGCGUCCCUUGGUAACGCUGGUGCCACAUCGAGUCCAAUGGUCAUGCUGGCCCCAAAAACCAAGACGAAAAAGAAACACUUCGUGCAGCAGAAGGUGAAAGUAUUUCGAGCGAGCGACCCAGUUCUUAGCGUCUUCAUGUGGGGAGUAAACCACUCGAUUAAUGAUUUAAAUCAGGUACCUAUUCCUGUCAUGCUGUUGCCCGAUGACUUCAAAGCCAACACUAAGAUUAAAGUCAACAAUCACCUCUUCAACAAAGAAAAUCUCCCAGGACAUUUCAAGUUCAAGGAAUACUGUCCCCAAGUGUUCCGCAACCUCAGAGAGCGUUUUGGAAUUGAGGAUUUGGAUUAUCAGGUCUCUCUUGCACGUAGCCCGCCUGUACGUGGAGGGGAAAGUCAAGGAGAGGGUCUACUGCUGACCUCAUAUGACCGCACACUGGUGGUCAAGCAAAUCUCCAGUGAGGAUGUUGCUGAUAUUCACAACAUCUUGUCAGAAUACCAUCAGCACAUCGUCAAAUGCCAUGGCAGUACCCUUCUACCCCAGUUCCUGGGCAUGUACCGUGUAAGUGUGGAAAGUGAAGACUCCUACCUGAUCGUCAUGAGAAACAUGUUCAGCCACAGACUCCUAGUGCACCGGAAGUACGACUUGAAAGGCUCUCUGGUAUCCCGAGAAGCAAGUGACAAAGAAAAGGUGAAAGAGUUGCCCACGUACAAAGAUGUAGACUUCAGAAACAACAUGCAGAAGGUCUACGUGGAUGAAGAAGAGAAAGAAAGUUUCAUGGAGAAACUGAACAGAGACGUAGAGUUCCUGGUGAGGCUGAAGAUCAUGGACUAUAGUCUGCUCCUAGGCAUCCAUGACGUGACUCGGGCUGAGCGGGACGAGGAAGAAGCCGAGGAGCCUGGCUGUGAGGACGAGGCCGAUCCCGACAACGGCCUAGCGCCCGCACCACUGGUCGGCUCCUAUGGGACCUCACCUGAGGGCAUUGCGGGCUACAUGAACUCCUUCAAGCCCCUUGGCCCUGGCGAAUUUGAUCCCUACGUGGAUGUGUAUGCUGUCAAAAGCGCCCCAGGAGCACCACAGAAGGAGGUGUACUUCAUGGGUUUAAUCGAUGUGUUGACACAGUAUGACACCAAGAAAAAAGCUGCACAUGCAGCAAAGACCGUAAAACAUGGGGCUGGUGCUGAAAUAUCUACUGUUCAUCCAGAGCAGUAUGCAAAGAGAUUCCGCGACUUCAUCACUAACAUUUUUGCAUAGUGGCACUGUUCAACUGGAUGUACAUGUACUUUACCAGAAUAAGAUAAUUUAAAUAGUGAUUUUAAAAAUUAGGUCAUUUAUACAUACUCAUACAGUAUACAUGACAAUAUAUCAAUGUCUGGUGCAGAGUAAGGUGAGGCAUCACAAUCGUUUCCCCAUGCUGCACAUGGGCAAAGAGGGAGGAUUUUGUAAUCAGGACCUGAAGUGGCCUACUAUCAGCCUCAUAUCUGAGCUUUAGUAGUGUUCCCAUAUAGAGUUCAUGGGAUGAAGAGGUAGAGCCCACAGUAUAGCAGGGUAUUCUAGAGUAGGUAAUCGUCAGGUGCACUGCACAGUAAAGGGCUUGUAGUGUGGUUUGAACUGUUUUUACUCUGCGUAUUCUGGAGCUGCACUAGAAUGUAAUUUAACCUAGCUUUGAGUCUUAGGAGUCGUGCAUGGGUGCGUCAGAUACCGAGCAUAGACAAUAUACGAAAUACAACCUCUAGAUGCCUUUGGUGGUUUCUGGGAGUUUUUCGAGUCAGUAUUCAACUGCUGCUGAUAACCUGAAGCUCUCCUGAGUCUGCCAUGAUUCUAGUAGAGAACCGAAUAUAGUUCAACAAAAAUUGUUUAUUUUUUUUCCUUAAGUGCUGUCAAGGAUCUAGGGUACAAAAAGUAGAUAAAUACAUAGCUUUGAAGAAAUAAUUUAUAGCUGAUAUUGAUCAACUCUGGCAUACAAUAUGCCUCAUUGCAUUGUAUUUAUUUUGUUACCAGUGUUUGGACCAAAAGGUUUUUUUUUUUUGUUUGGUUUUUUUCCAUAACCUUUUCUGCAUCAUUUUUAAUUGCCAUUUUUAAGAUGUAACUCAUUCCUUUGCAACUCAGCAGUGCCAAUAUCAUGAAAUGUCGUAGACAACUGCCCCAGGAUGCUUUGCAGGUUUCACUUUGAUCUUCCCUCCUGCAAUAGUGGUCUACAGUUCCUGUAUGCCAAUGGGCGAACAUUAAAAGAAUUUCUGAGAUUUCCACCUCAGAGACACAUGACAUAAUUGGUUGAACCUGAAAUACUUGCAGUGCUUAAAUUUGAAUAUAUUUCAGAGCACAGUGCUGGACAUACAUACUUUCUUCACAAUGAUUCUGACAUUGAAAAUAUGCUUUAUUUGUGUUGAGCCAAACUGAAGAACCAUGGUAAAUCUUGUCUUCUGGGAGCCAUUUUAGAGUUCUAUCACUUAAUAGUGAUUGCAUUAUUUAGUGUUAUUUAUUGGAACCAAAUUAUUUUCUACAUUACUCUUACAUGUCAUUCAUCAUGGCAUAUGGGUUGUGUUGCAAUGAAGUUGUUUUUCCCAUUUUUUCCCAUGGUGAUGUGAGGGGUUGUCUGCUUGGAGGUGUUCAUAUUGCAAUGUUAAAAUCGUACACAUUAUAAUGUCACUCACAAAAAAUAUGUGCAAUCAGGUAUUCCAAAAAUAAGUGCAUCUGUAAGUUGUUUUGAUAUAUUAGGGAAGAUAUUAAGUAAGCUUGCCUGCUUCCCCAUUACAGUAAAGCAGCUGUAUGGUGAUGUAUUUCCUCUCAACUAGAGCAGUUUACUUACAGCAUAUUGAACCUGUUGCUGAUUUAAGUAAAUAAAGCCUAUUUCAUUGUC